AACAAAGAAUGGUGUGGGCCGAUUGGGGGCGGGGAGGUGACCAGGAAGCUGUGGGCCACGGCUCAAACCCAGAACCCUAGCCAUGCUUGCUCCGGGAUUCCGCGUGGAAGGAGUCUGUCAUCUCUUGGGAAGGGGGAGGUGGAUCAGCGCCUGCUAGGUGCUAAAUGGGAUGAGAGAUCUCUUGAUGACCCUCAAAUCUCAGUACUUCUGGAAACGUCUUCCUAAAUCCUAAUCCAACAACUUCCGUAGCGUGCUAUAACAAAUACAGAUUCUGGAAUUAGACCUGGUUUGUAAUUCUCUCUUCAUCUCCAAUUUUCUGAAUGGCGCUGGAGAAGUGACUUAACUUCUCCUCAUCUUAAAAGGAGGUACAUACAAACACUCUUGUGUAACGCAGUGUAUGCCCAGCCCUCAUGAAAGCCGGCAAAGACAUGAAGCGCCUCUAUGUGGGUGGACUUGGCCACAACAUUUCAGAGGCUGACUUACAAAAUCAGUUCAACAGAUUUGGAGAAGUUUCUGAUGUGGAAAUCAUCACUCGGAAAGAUAACCAAGGAAACCCACAGAAAGUCUUUGCAUAUAUCAACAUUAAAGUAGCAGAAACAGACCUGAAAAAAUGUAUGUCUGCUUUAAAUAAAACAAAAUGGAAAGGUGGAACACUUCAAAUUCAGCUAGCAAAAGAAAGUUUUUUGCACAGAUUGGCCCAAGAGAGAGAAGCAGCAAGAUCAAUGAAAGAAAACUCAACAGCCAGCACCAACUUGUUUGAAAAAACGAAAGUAGAUUUCUAUAUAAAAGCCGUUCCUGGGACAGAAGUACCAGGACAUAAAAAUUGGGUUGUUAGUAAAUUUGGAAGAGUGUUACCUGUCCUUCACCUAAAGAAUCAGCAUAAACGUAAAAUCAUAAAAUAUGAUCCAUCAAAAUACUGCCACAACUUAAAGAAGAUAGGAGAGGAUUUCACAGAUACCAUUCCUAUCUCUAGCCUCACUUGGGAAUUGGAAGGAGGGAAUGAUCCUAUGAGUAAGAAAAGGCGAGGAGAGUUCUCGGACUUUCACUGCCCUCCCAAGAAGAUAAUAAAAGUACAGAAGGAUGAUGGUUCCACUGGGUCUCUCGUUAUAAAGCCAAAACCUAACGUGGCAACGAAGAAUCCACAUUUUACACAGCAAGAGGCUGCAGCAAAAACAUCUCGUGAUUCUUUUACUUCUAAAUCAACCCAUGUACCUAAUUCUGAUGCUCAGAAACUUAAAAAUGCAUCUUUAAAAAAUUCUAGCUUGGAAGCUAUUAGAAACAAAAUUACUAUGUCUGAUGAUGAUAUUGAUUCUGAGGAUGAAUUAAGGCAACUGAUUGCAAGAGAGGAAAACCUAGAGAAAACUAGGCGUUCCUCAGUAAAUGAAUCUGAAAAUGAUCCCUUCGAGGUUGUUAAAGAGGAGUUCAAAUCAGACAUUCAUAAGCUCCAUUCUUUAACAAGUUUAGGCAUCAGAAAUGAUGUUUCUUGCCUUGAUGGUGAUCAUAAUGUUAAGGGAAAUGAUUGUGACUAUGAUUCAGGAGAUACAGAUGAAAUUAUUGCAGUGAAAAAAAAUUAUGGUGAGGUGAAAAAAAGUACAGAAUUUUCACAAAUGAAAAAGGCCAUACACAAGAAAACUUUGAAAAAUAGAAAAGACUGUGAGCUUCCUGAUCAUUGUAUUAAAGUACAAAAGAGAAAUAAUGUAAAGGUGGCCACCCAUCAAGGAGCUAAGCCUCUUGAUUGUAAAUCACCCAUUGCCAGUGGCAGCAAAGAUGCCGAUUCUGUAUCAGAAUCAGCUGAGUCUAUAGAUGAGGAGUAUAGUGCUAUGAUGAAAAACUGUCUCCGUGUGAAUCUCACUUUGGCUGAUUUGGAACAGUUGGCUGGUAGGAAGCUGGAGGCUCCAGGAGAAGAUACUGAAGUCAGUGUUGAGGAAACCACUGCCAUAUUUAACAGGGCCUCCAAGAACCCAAGGACUCCCAGUGGCUUCCACAGAGGCCGACGGUGUAUUCAACCUGAGGAAAUUGUGGCUUCCCUUUUAGAAGGAGAAGAGAAUAUCGUUGGAAAACAGAAACCAAAGGAAGGCAACUUAAAGUCAAAAUUCCAGGCUUUCAAGGGAAUAGCCUGUCUCUAUGGGAAAGAAUUAACGAAAAAAUCCUUGAAAGAGGGUGUUGCUGCUAACAAUAUUAAUAAAGACCAGGAUUCUGUGAAACUUGAGGAAUCGUGUAGCAUAUCCCUGGGAAAAACUCAGGGCACAUCAAGCAAGACUCCAUUCCAACAGCCAAAGAAGGCAACUGAUUCAAAUCAUAUUCAGCCUCCAAAGAGACAGGAUCUUAUGGUGGUAUCCCCUAGCAGUUCAGAAAAGGGAAGUAAAACUCCUAUUUCUUGUUUGUUAACAUUAAACAAUAAGAAAUCUUUAAGUCUUGGUGCAAAGACUCUGAAAAUGGGCUUUGAUAAAGCCAGGACCACAAAGACAGAAGAGGACUUAGAAAAGAAGCCUGAUCUGAGAAGUGGAGCAACCCCUGAGAAAUCCUCAGUGUCCUCUAGGAGAGGUACUCAGGGAAGCAAAACUGAUUCCCUACUUUGUGCUAAUAGUUUGUCAGAUGUUGAUGCUAAGCAGAAGCAUGCUGAAGAUAACCAGAGACGCUUAGCAGCCUUAGAGGCAAGGCAGAAAGCAAAAGAAGUACAAAAAAAGCUGGUUCAGGAUGCUCUGGCAAACUUGGAUGGUCAUCCAGAAGAUAAGUCAACACAUAUCAUCUUUGGUUCUGACAGUGAAAGCGAAACAGAGGUGCUAUCCACUUGGGAGCAGAAACAGCCAGGAGAGGAACCAGUGAAAGCAUCUGCUGGUAGAGCACCAGGAAAGCUGUUUGACAACAGUGGGGAUGAGGAAUCUGGUCCUGAAGAUGACACUAACAGAUUCAGAAUUAAACCUCAGUUUGAGGGCAAAGCUGGACAGAAGCUCAUGAAUUUGCAGUCUCACUUCGGCACUGAUGACAGAUUUCGUAUGGACUCCAGAUUUCUAGAAAGUGAGAGUGAAGAGGAACAGGAAGAAAUAAAUGAAAGAAAAACUGCUGAGGAAGAAGAACUCGCUGCAGAAAAAUUGAAAGCCCUGAAUGUUGUGCAGAGUGUUUUGAAUAUCAACUUGAGUACUCCUACAAGCAAAGGAUCAGUAGCUGCUAAGAAAUUUAAGGACAUUAUACACUAUGAUCCAACAAGGCAUGAUCAUGCUGCUUAUGAAAGGAAAAGAGAUGAUAAGCCAAAAGAAAGUAAAGCAAAACGGAAGAAGAAAAGGGAGGAAGCUGAGAAGCUACCUGAAGUAUCUAAAGAAAUGUAUUAUAACAUUGCUACGGAUUUAAAAGAAAUAUUCCAAACUACAAAAGAUACCAGUGAAAAGGAUGACAACAUACCCUGGAAUGAGGAUUGUUCUGGAGAGGAAGUUCAGGACUCUGCAACUUCUGAAAAUGGGGCACAGCAACCUGGAGGAUUUACGUUCUCCUUUUUUGAUUCAGAUACUGAAAUUAUAAAGGAAGAUACUUAUAAAUUGGAGACAGUGAAACCUGGAAAGGUUGCUUGGCAGGGAGCCUUUCAUUUCCAUGACAGCAGUUCAGAAGAGGAGGAGGAAGAUGUUAAUGAAGAGCCAGAAGACAGGAAGCCCAGUCCUACAGAUGUGUCAUUACCUGAGAAAGAGACCACUAGAUUUUUCUUUUUCUCUAAGAUUGAUGAAAGACUCAAUGGGUCUGACUUAUUCUGGAGAGGUGUGGGAAGUAAUAUUAGCAGGAGUUCUUGGGAGGCCAGAACAGACAACUUGCGAAUGGAUUGUCGGAAGAAACAUAAGGAUGCCAAAAGGAGAGUGAAACCAAACUAAUAAAUGUCAUCAUUGGUUUUUCAGACUGAAUGUGAAUAAGGCACAUGUGGACAUGUAUGAUCUAGAAAAUAAUUUUAAAUAACCGGUAAUUCAGAGUGAAGAAACAUUCAAAAUCUGGCUGAUGGAUGUUAGUCUGGUUGCCAUAAUUUCUUUGGAUUUGCUCUGUAUUUCUAAGUAAUUACAUAAAAUAUAUAAACCCAAACUUUUUAAAAAAUGAUGUACAAGGUAGUUUCCCACAAUGCUUUUUGUAUAUAUUCUUUUUGCCCCUGAGCCUCUGUGGGCGUCUUCUGAUGC